UCAGACCACUGACCGUAAAGAAUCCGGUUAAUUGAGACAGAAUCUUCACUUGACAACAUGCGUGUGUGUGUGAUCUUUUGUGCUGUGUGGGCAGCAUUGUUAAGGAGUGUUGACUUACAAGUCCGCCUUGUCGGACCAAGCCCAUGCGAAGGGCGUGUGGAGAUUUUCUACGCUCAAAAAUGGGGCACUAUUUGCUAUCACAUGUGGGAUAUGAUUGAGGCAGAGGUGGUGUGCCGGGAGCUGAACUGCGGAACAGCAACUGAAACAACUACAGAUGGGAAAUACGGGCCAGGUGGAGUCUAUAGCGGGCUGGACAGCUUCCAAUGCAAAGGGAAUGAGACUCAGCUCCUGCAAUGUGCCUAUCUAAUAGACCGACAUGAGCACUCCUUUCUGGCUGACUGUGGAGUCAAAUGUUCAGGAUUCAUGACCUGGGAGUGGUUUCUUAAAUAUAAGAUCAGAUCAGAUUCUGCCCUGGAAGGAGUAAACAUCACUGUGCUUCAGAAUGCAGUAGUCUCUGCCAUCUCUGGUCUGAGCAGACAGACUAUAUUGCAGGUGAAAUACUGGAAGAUGCGGAGCAAAUAACCAGAUAAAGGAUUACUGAGCAAUUGCACAAACUGG